UUUGUAUAAAUCCCAGAUUGAGGGUGAAGUUUGUCCAGCAGCUGCAGCUGUUGUCUCGCAGCUCCUCCCGUCCUUCUGGAAACAACAUCGACUGUGAAAAUGGCCACGGCUGGUAAAGUCAUCAAGUGUAAGGCAGCAGUGGCCUGGGAAUCAAACAAGCCUUUGACAAUUGAAGAGAUUGAGGUCGAGCCGCCGCAGGCCAAUCAGGUCCGAGUCAAGAUCGUGGCAACAGGUGUCUGCCGUACCGACCUCUUCUACCUGUAUGAAACGGAGAAUAAAGACCUCUUCCCAAUGGUGCUUGGCCAUGAGGGUGCAGGCAUUGUGGAGAGUGUUGGUCCUGGAGUCACUGAAUUUCAGCCAGGCGACAAAGUUGUCCCUCUGAUCGUCUCCCAGUGUAGAGAAUGUCGCUUCUGUAAGAGUCCCAGAACUAACCAGUGUGAAAAAGCAUGGGAUGUUGUUCCUCACAACGUGAGUACAGCACCCACCUCCAAGUUAAACUGCAGGGGAAAGAAGCUGCUGCAGUUCAUGGGAAUCAGUACCUUCUCACAGUACAGUGUGGUUAAUCAGAUUGCUCUGGCCAAGAUUGAUCCCGCUGCCCCUUUGGAGAAAGUCUGUCUUCUUGGCUGCGGUAUCUGCACAGGAUUUGGAGCGGCAGUCAAUAAUGCUCAGGUUGAGCCAGACUCCACUUGUGCUGUAUUCGGUUUAGGAGCUGUGGGCUUGGCUGCAAUCAUGGGUUGCAAAUAUGCUGGUGCCAAAAGAAUUAUCGCUGUGGAUAUCAACGCAGACAAGUUUGAGAAAGCCACCGAGUUUGGAGCCACCGACUUUGUAAACCCAAAGGAUCACGACAAACCAAUUAGCAAAGUGCUCUCCGAGAUGACUAAUGGUGGAGUUGACUUCUCCCUGGAAUGUGUGGGGGAUGUAAAACUUAUGCGUUCUGCAUUGGAGUCCUGCGUACCUGCCUGGGGAGUAAGUGUGAUCGUUGGCUGGACUGACAAGGAAGACUUCUGUGCUCGUCCGACUGAUCUCAUUAGUGGACGCACAUGGAAGGGCUCCAUAUUUGGAGGCUUUAAGGGUAAAGACGGCGUGGCUGAAAUGGUUCAAGCCUACAUGAACAAGAAAAUAAAGCUGGAUGAGUUCAUCACUCACAACAUGCCCUUGGAUCACAUCAAUGAAGCCAUUGAACUGCUGAAGCAGGGUAAAAGUAUCCGAACUGUCCUGAGUGUUAGUCCACAGUAACUCAAUUGUUCAAGGAAUUUAUCUUGUCAUACCAACACAGACUUCCACAAUUUUAAUGGUUUCUGUAUUUUUAAUGAGAUGAUACGUCAAGACUUCAUGAUGAAUCGGCACACUCGAACAUCACGCAUUAAUGAAUGCAAAGAAGGACUUUGAAACAAUGCGGACAACGCCAAGGGAUUACUUUUUGUGCCCAUUUUGAAACAUGUUCACAGGAGAUCAAGUUCAGCGUGUCAUAGCAUCCGUGGAUAAAAAUAAAUGAAAGAUUGGAGACUU